AUGAUAUUAAUGAAGCUCAUCGCCACGCUGAUGAUCUGCAUCCUGUUUGCAGACUCGGUAGCAGCAACGGUACCCAACACGCGGACAAGUGACGAAGGAUACGCUGAUCCACGCCACACUGCGAGGACAAGAUGGAGAAGAAAUGCUUAUCUACCCAACCAGCGAAGAAGAUUCAGAAGACAGACUGAUGGCGAUCACGAAGAAACGAUUGAAGAAACUAAGGUUAAAACACCUAAGGCCACUGAGUUGAAUUAUCAUGGAUUAGGACCUGGAUAUCUUGCAUGA